AUGGAAGACUUCCAUCGCCCAACGGGAGAUAAUUUUCCCAAGUUAUUCGAGGCUUUUGUCUUAUUAUCGCCUCGCAAAGUUGGUAUUACUUGUCGCACCGCAUUGAAUAUGGAAGAAGUGUGUCACCUCGGGCUUACGUUUCGAGAUGUUCGUCUAACGUUCAACCCGGUCAGGACGGCAAAAUGG